GCGUUCUUCUGUACAGUCGUCUAUUCAAGUUUGAGCAAUGGGACGUGUAAUUAGAAGUCAGAGGAAAGGUGCUGGGAGUGUGUUUCGCAGUCACAAUAAGCAUCGGAAAGGAGCCCCCAAACUUCGUGCUGUGGAUUUUGCAGAAAGACAUGGUUACAUAAAAGGAAUUGUUAAGGAAGUCCUUCAUGACCCAGGACGUGGGGCUCCUCUUGCCAGAGUUAUCUUUCGUGAUCCGUACCGUUAUAAGUUGAGAAAGGAAUUGUUUCUUGCUGCUGAAGGAAUGUACACAGGACAAUUUGUGUACUGUGGGAAAAAAGCAACUCUUCAAGUUGGGAAUGUUCUGCCGGUCGGUACAAUGCCGGAAGGCACAAUUGUUUGUAACUUGGAAGAGAAAACUGGAGAUCGAGGCCGACUUGCACGUUGUUCUGGCAACUAUGCCACUGUUAUCUCCCACAAUCCUGAAACCAAGAAAACUCGAGUGAAGCUUCCCUCUGGUUCCAAAAAGGUGCUACCAUCAGCAAACAGGGCUAUGGUUGGAAUUAUCUCUGGAGGUGGACGAAUUGACAAACCCAUUUUGAAGGCAGGUCGAGCCUAUCACAAGUAUAAAGCCAAAAGAAACUCUUGGCCUAAAGUUCGUGGUGUUGCUAUGAAUCCUGUAGAGCAUCCUCAUGGUGGUGGUAACCAUCAGCACAUUGGAAAAGCAUCAACAGUUAGAAGGGACACUUCAGCUGGUCGUAAAGUUGGUUUGAUUGCUGCCAGACGUACUGGUCGUAUCCGUGGUACAAAGAAAGAUACAGCCAAGGAGGAUUAAACUGGACUAGCUGCUAGUGCAAAAUUGUACAUGGUUCAAUAAAAACUUCUAAUUCAUUGCCUAA